AUGGCACACCCGAGAGACGAGCGCUUUUACAGCAGCGUAGGAAAGCAGCGCAGGACACCGCCUGUGGGUGAUACUGGUGGAUUUUUUGCGACGGGACAGGGUGGGCGAACAGUGCUCCCUCCUCUUUCUUCUGCUUUUCCAACAACCUCACGUUUUCCAGUGCCCCAGCCAUUCACCAACCAGUACGCGCAACCGCGUUCAUCUCCUGGUCGUUAUGACUACAACAACCAAGCACUGUAUAAUCAACAAUGGCCUAAUGCCAGUGGUGUCGCCCCGCAACAUACACCAUCAUACAACUAUGAGUACAGCGAUCCUCGCUAUACGUUACAGCCGUCUACUUAUCCAUCGUAUCCCACUCGAACCUCGCCGCCAAUCCCAGAUGGACUCUCGGACUCUCGCCGGCUAGCACCUUUGCAACCAGGACGCGACGACAAGCAGUGGCAGACGUCGACGUACUCUGCAGCGCCAUCCAACAACCACAUUCGCUCGCCAACUGCAUCCUAUCCAAAUCAGUACUACCAAUCCGACCAGAGUCACUCUUACUCAUAUGCACCUAUGAAUAUGAAUCAUGCUCAUCAUGGGACAUCGAUCAGUCCCCAUCAUGCAUCUUCUGUCGCACCACCCCGAGUGGCAUCGCCGUACGCUGAGUCGUCCUCUCAGCCGUACACGCCUCCUCCAGUGUCGCCAACUACCGAAGAACCAAUGAUCAAGAAGAAGCGUAAACGUGCCGACGCCGCGCAACUGAAGGUCCUCAACGACGUCUACAGUCGCACGGCGUUCCCAUCGACUGAGGAGCGCCUUUCUCUGGCUAAGCAGCUUGACAUGUCGCCAAGAAGCGUGCAGAUAUGGUUUCAAAACAAGCGGCAGUCUAUGCGGCAGACUAAUCGCCAGUCAUCGACCAUGUCGUCUUCGACUCAUCAACCAUUCAGCAUCUCGUCGGGGCCAGACCCCUCGGUUGAUGAUAUGCUUCAUUCGAAUAUGGGGUUUGGAAGUAGCUCAAUGUCGGUGGCUGGCUCCUCCUAUGGCAUGGCACGCACUUCCCCCGAUCCAACUCGUUCGAUGAUGCAUUCCACUUCUCCCACCGUGCCCCCUCGUCGUCCAGGAAGCUCUGGGGACGAUUCCCGCAAAUGGAACGGCAGGGGAUACUGA